CCACAUAGAAAUGAACUUCAGGACUUAUGAUAACAUCACAGGUCAGUCCAUUGUGGGGUGCAAAUCUGUUAUCAUCGAAAAUGAGGUGUUUGUCAUUGUGGCUCAGCUGUUUGGUGGUUCCCACAUUUACAAGUUUGAUGACGACCAAAGCAGGUUCAGUAAGUUAUAUCGAGGUGUCCAAGAUCUCUAAGCCCAAUGAUAUUGAGGCCUUCCAGAUUGGCUCUGAUUGGUUCUUUGUGAUUGCUGACAGCUCAAAAGCUGGCCUCUCCACCCUCUACAAGUGGAAUGAUAAUGGCUUUUAUUCGUACCAGUCACUGCACGAGUGGUACCGCGACACGGAUGUAGAGUUUCUCGACUUGGAUGGGAAAGCUCACCUUAUUCUAGCGAGCCGCUCACAGGUUCCAGUGAUCUACCAGUGGAGCCGGAGCAACCAGAAGUUCAUCCUGCAGGGUGAGAUCCCCAACAUGGAGGAUGUAGUGGUUGUGAAACACUUCCGGAUCAAGGAGGAGCUCUACCUGGCUAUGACGCGGUAUAUCGGUGAUUCCAAAGUUCUGCGUUGGGGCACCAAACAGUUUGCUGAGAUCCAAGCUUUGCCCUCUCGAGGCUCCGUGAUUCUCCAGCCGUUCUCUUUCAAGGAACGUUACUUUCUGGCUCUGGGAAGCGACUACACCUUCUCACAGAUCUACCUGUGGGAUGAGGACAACAAAAUCUUUGACCGCUUUAAGGAGGUGUACAUCCAAGCCACACGCUCUUUCACCGUGGUAUCUACCGACCGCAGGGACUUUAUUUUUUCCUCGAGCUUCAAGGGAAACACGCAGAUCUUUGAGCACAUCAUCAUCGACCUGAGCUUGUGA